GAGAACACUUAUUUUCCAUUGGUUACAAUCUAUCGUCAAUCUCACUGCAGGGAGGUCUUAGCUCUUUCUUAUAGGGUGGUGACGGUCGGAGAUGUUUGCAUAGAAUUAUACAAUAGGGUGGUGACUUUUGUCAAUCACAAGGUGGGUGGGAUUUGUAUAGGGCAGCUGUAGAGAGUCCGGGCGGCGGCGAGUGAGCCGGGCGGAGCCGGCAGUGGAAGCAGCCGACAGAACUAACCCGAGAUAAAUCAGCUAGUGGGGGAAAGUCCUACAUGGUGGAAAAUGUCUGUGCUGUUUCUCCUGCUCUGCACUGGAUGACUGGAAGCCACUGAGAUAAGACUGCAACCUUAACAGAUGUGAGAGCUUAUGGUGUGAUUUCAGAGAUGGCUGCAAUACGCAAGAAACUUGUCAUUGUGGGGGAUGGAGCUUGCGGAAAGACCUGCCUUCUUAUUGUCUUCAGCAAGGACCAGUUCCCAGAAGUCUAUGUCCCCACUGUCUUUGAGAACUAUGUGGCUGACAUUGAGGUGGAUGGAAAGCAGGUGGAGCUGGCUCUGUGGGAUACAGCUGGCCAAGAGGACUAUGACCGCCUGAGACCUCUCUCUUACCCAGACACAGAUGUCAUCCUCAUGUGCUUCUCUAUUGACAGCCCUGAUAGUUUAGAGAACAUCCCUGAGAAGUGGACUCCAGAGGUGAAACACUUUUGUCCCAAUGUGCCUAUCAUCCUGGUGGGAAACAAGAAAGACCUGCGUAAUGAUGAACACACACGCCGGGAGUUAGCCAAAAUGAAGCAGGAACCAGUGAAACCAGAGGAGGGUCGGGACAUGGCCAACAGGAUUAGUGCUUUUGGCUACCUGGAGUGUUCUGCCAAGACAAAAGAUGGAGUACGGGAAGUGUUUGAGAUGGCCACUCGGGCUGCCCUGCAGGCCAAGCGUGGCCGCAAAAAGACCUCGUGCCAGCUGCUGUAAUUCCUCCCCAGCCUGCCUUCCCUGCCUGCCAGCCAAGCCAGCUUUCCAGGCUUGCCUCCCCUCUGAUACCAUGCUGAAGGCAGAACUGGCAAGUCUCUUCAGAGGGGGAGCCUGCUCGAGUGGAGCAGGAGUUCUUCUGGAGCAUGGCAACUAACUGUGGAGGUGGGGUUCCAAGUCUACCCCAGGCUGUUUCCACCUCUGUUCAGGGGUAGCAUUUCCUUAUUCCAUCACAGACUUCCAGCCCUCCCAAGGAAGUCUGGAAGGUGCUGACCCCUGAUGGGUCAGUGGGAUAGUUCCUUGUCCUUCUGCUUGCUUGCUCACAGCAGUCCUGGCUGUCUUGUUGGUAGCCCAUGGAAGUUCCUUUAUAGAAGGCUUCCUGCCAAGCAUGAAAGUCCAUUGCUUUACUAAUGGUCAGACUUUGAAUUGGAGCACCAAGCCCUAGGGGGUUUUCCCUACUCAGCAAGGAACUAUUGAUUUGUAAAAAAUAUCAGUCCUGGGGGGUGGGGGGGGUGGAAUCUAAUCCUCCAGCACAGCAGGCAAGCCAUCUUCCUUGCACCCCUUAUCUUAACAGACAAAUUGCUCAUUUAGCUAGCUUUUCUGCUUUUGGGGAUAUAGCAGAACCACUUAGGACCAUGUCCCCUUCCUCAAGGAGUACACAGCCUACUAAAUGGGCCACUUACUGUCUCUGAGAGCUGUCUUACUAAAGUGGCAUCAGGUCCCUGUCUCUCCUGACCCUGAAUAGAAUUUUAUCAAAUUAAAUAUUUGAUCUCUCGACAGCAGAGCAGGGAGCUAUCUUUCCUUCAAACUGGCUCAGGAGAUGAGCCUUACAGCCUGGCCUUUUCCUAGCAAAAUAUCUAUAUUUGUAAGCAGAGGUGCUAUGGGUCAGUUUGUUGUUGUUGGACAGUUCUCUGGACCUCCUGUGGCUGGAAUAGCCACUGCCACAGCUCCAGGUGCAAAGGACCUACAUUAUUGCUUUUGUCUUUCUGCUCCCCUUCACUCCUGCUUCUUUCUCCCCUCAUCCCUCCUGUACUCACUGCAUUGCCACCGGGGUGUAUGAUUUUUGUGUUGAAUUUGUAUUCACAUGUUUAAAAAGUGGUUGUUACUUUUCAAAAUGUACUUGAAAAACAGAUCUGUAAUAAAUUUGUAGCAAUGUUUA